AUAUUAGAUACAAAUCCAAAAUUAUGCUUUCAUCUUCAACAACAAAGAUUAAUAGAAUAUAUUAGACAAGGAAGAAUAACCGAAGCUCUAGAAUGUGCACAGGAUGAAUUAGCACCACUUGGAGAAGAAAAUACUGAAUUUCUUGAAGAACUUGAGAGAUCAAUGGCAUUAUUAGCAUUUGAUAAUACAUCCACAUCUCCUGUAGGAUAUUUGUUCCAUACAUCACAACGUUUACAUACAGCCAGUGAGCUGAAUGCUGCAAUUUUAACUUCACAAAGCCAACAAAAAGAUCCAAAUUUACCAAAUUUAUUAAAAAUGUUGGUUUGGGCUCAAGAUGAAUUAGAUGAGGAAGUAACAUAUCCUAAAAUGGAAAUGGAUAAUGCUGCUACCGCUAGAGUUUCCUGCUGUUCUAGAGAGUAUCAAUCUUUACUUUUUUCUUUGGAUGGACUUGG